ACAGAAGAGACGGCAACCACCAAGACCUCUGGAGUCAGUGGUCGUCACACAGGCGCUGACCAGUACCUACACAGACAAGAGUCACGGCAAUUCUCCAAACUUCUCAGCAACCCGUAGCUCCCUAAUCACUCUACAAAUUACAACCUACUAACCCACAAAACAUCCAACUCACCGAAGCUAAAAGCAAGAAAGCAGAGGGAUUUCCUCGUCCACUGCAGGAGUAAACCGAACAACUAGAACCAAGCCCUAAGAACUAGACGCGAGAGAUAAAAAACUACCAGUUUUCUACGCUCGCACUAUCAAUAUUGGAUAUUGGAUAUUGGAAGCGUUCAACGUCCUUCGGGACUUUCAUUAUAAUGUCAGUUGUAGGUGAACGUAAAAAGACUCAGAAAGGUUCAUUAAAAGAGAAAGUACUUCAGGUUUAUGACAAACUAUUUCAAGGACAAGAUAUAACCCAGGGCAGAGCAGAGUUUUGGGAUGACUUCUUUUUAUUGAAACCUAAUCUGAAGUGUUUGUCUGCACACUUUGAAAAGACAAGCGGUGAGGAUCUUGUUAGAUUAAAGCCUCAACUCAACAGACUCUUUAUACAGUGCCUUCAAACAGCUCAGUAUGAUAAACAUCGGAUUCGAAUUGCUAAUUCAAUCCAAACACUUGAUUGUCUUCUGAGUAGUGUUCACAAAUGCAGAUCAUCAUCAACGUUAAAUGAAGAACUAAUUGAGAUUUUACUGGGACCAGAACACAUUAAGGAUUUUAUGGAGAACUACAUUUCGUUAUGCGUUGAACUAGUCCGUGAAGACAGACCGGAACCACUUCGCAGUCUCAUAUUCAAUUCAAUGUUAACUUUUGCUUCAGUUACUUCAUCUCUAGACAAGAAUCCAUUUGUAGCUAGUCUUCUGGACGUUCGCAUUUAUGAUCUGGUAAUGAAUACACUGACUAACCCCCAGAUGAGAUAUUAUCAUGGUGUUACUGCGUGUCGAUUUCUUGGCCUGUUGUUACAAUAUACAAAGACUGGAUCAAUGAAUUCAUUUCAAACGCUUAUUCAUCAAACAGAAGACGAACUAUUAUUAAAUAGUAUACUCUCCACUGUUGCUCUUGCAUUAUCUGAGUUUAACUUAAAAUUUGGUCAACAACGUGACAAUUCUGGUGGUAUUCUCUCCUCGUUUUCAUCGUUUUUCACUACUCUUGUCUCUGGUGAUGUGGCAUCUAAUAUUAGUUUGAGACCGUGUGAUUCACUCUUACUGUGUUUAUAUGAAGUGGCUAGAAGUAGUCAUCACUUCGCCAUACUGCUCUCCUAUUCUAAUGGUCAUUAUACAAAUAAUACAAAAGAUAUGGAAAGUAUUAUUGUUCCAGAUCCCAUAUUAGACUAUCGAAUUUUAAAAGCUGUGAGUACUGAAUCUAUGGUCGGUUAUUUGGAUACAACAAAUUUCGCACCGCCAGGCAGAGCUGUGCCUGUGCUUACUACUACUACUCUCACUACCACUGCAACCAGUAAUAGGACUAGGUCACCAAGUCCUCAGAAUUCAUCGUCGCCGAAUAAUUCAACAAAAGGUGUCAAUGCUCGUCGACGAAAUACAACUUCAUCUUUUGGUGGUAAUGGACAGUUGAAUAACUUUAAUCCUGAUACGGAUUCAUUGUGUACACCUUCGAUAGAACCGAGAAAUUUGUUGGCUGAUCUGCUAGAGUAUUGUUCAGUUGUUAUGCAAGAUGUUAAAACACCAGAAUCACUGAAUAGUUGUCAUCUUUGCCUCAUCAUUCUCUGCUGUAUUACCCAAAAUCAACUAGCAUGCUCUCUGCUACAUGAUAUCCAAACUAGUUUCAAAGUGAGAAUACAUAAGGCUCGUUCACGAAAAUCUGAUCUGAAAAACUAUAAUGUUUUCACAAGUCGUCCAAUUGCCAUGGCUAUUUUAGACUUACUGAUAGAAUUUGCGCAUGGACAUUUGAUGAAGAAACUUCCACAUCGUUUGUAUAGGCUUUGCUUAAUCAUCUGUCAAAAUUUGCUAUGCUAUCAGAGAGCUCAUAAAAUUCGUUUGGAAUUCGAUUGGAAGUCACUAUGGACAGUGAUUUUAAGCUUACUCAAAUUUGUUCUGAACUUAGAUGAUAACAAUCUAGCUCUACCAGAUGCUCUCAAGCUAAUUGAAAAAGCACUUCAAAUCUUCAACUUUUUUAUUCUUCACGGAGAUGGAUUCCUUCAAUCAGCUGAUAUAUAUGACAAUUUAUAUUAUGAAUUAAUACGUAUGCAUUUGCUUGUUGAAAAUCUGUAUGAAUAUUGUCUUCAACAUUCAACGAGUUCUGUUACCGAAGUUAAGGAGAUUGCAUCUACUGUUGUUCUUCAGUUGAGUACUUUAAGAGCAAUUGUCAACCAUUUCAAUGCAAAGAUUUCUGCUUUCUCAACUUUGAAUAAUGUGACCUCAUUGACAGAAAAUCAGGUUCUAGAGAUUGUCCGAGAGAACUAUGAUUCACUUACGCUGAGAUAUCUAGAGAAUUUAGACAUAGUUGAAGAGUAUAUGUGUCAUGAUGAUGAAGAUUUACUCAUGUUUCAUAAUAUUGUUGAAUCAAUCACUAAACAGAUACGUAAAGAUUGUCUUGACUUAAGCUUGCAAAUUCAGAAUCGCCUGCAUGAAUUAUCUUCAAUACCUUGACCAAACAUUUCAAUGAGGCGGGCUAGUAAACAAUAUUCCCAUGAAUUGUGGUACAUUUUAACAAGAUUAUGAGUCGUAAUUUGGUUUUCUUUUUUCUAUUUUUUCACUUCUCUUUCCGUCACUUCAUAACUGUUUCCUUCUGGAAAACACUAAAAAAAGCUUAGUUUUCAAGUUAUUAUACGUAUCUGCAUAUCAGUUUGCGUGCAGACAUUGUUGCCUUAAUCUGAUUGAAGCGCAAGCUCUUUCACUGUGUAAAUACACUCCACUUCGUUUGUAUAUUUUCUUACAAGUGUUUAUGAUAAAUGAAGAAUCAUCUUUGACAGUGAGUAUUGUUGUCACAGCAAACUUGUCUUUCCAUUUCAUCUCUGCGCACAUCAGUGAUAGUCUCCUCUACUUUAUUCCACUUGUUCCUGUUUCUUCUUAUCUAAUUCUCAUUUGUUCAGUUUUUGAAACUUACAACUUAGACAAUGGUUACAUUGAAUAAAUCGUUCAGUGACAUUCUUUUGUUUUCUAACUACAUUGUGCCAUCACAAAUUCAUCGAGACCACUUGACGUCUCGUCAUAUUUGGUACAAUAAACAGCACUGUACUUUCUUGUCUUCGGAAGUGAUCAUAUUCCGAGUAGUGUGAAUCGUUUUUAAAAAAUGUUUUGUCCUGAUAAUUUUUGAUCAGCUUUUUGGAUUUGCAGUAAUUUCGUGUUAGCGCAGUUUCCAACUUCGAAUUAUAUAUAGAGGCGGUUUGAAUCAAGAAAUUGUAAGCGAAUCACAUUCGAGGUUGAUAGAUGAAUCAGUUUGUUAACCGCGUUUACUUGCACAGCAUCGUUAUUGAAAAGAGAGUAGAUGAGAAGUGCACAUCUUGUAUUGGGUCUUCCAAAACAACGAGCUCAUUAUGUUGGAUCGCAUGGAAUGGAUGCAUUAGAAAUAGUGAAACGCGCUGUUCAAUUUUUUAUUGGUGUAUCCCAACACACCUGAAUGCAUUUCGUACUGCCAACAUCUCUUCUAGCAUCAAGAUCGUGGUAUAACCGGUUGGUAGACAACCCAAUUCAUAAUUGUCAAGAAUAUGUAUCAUGUUGUGUAAUCUGGUAAUAAAUUGGAGCUUGAAAAUUUAUUCCAUGAAUUUUUUUCCUGCUGAACAACACUUAUCUUGAGCACGAACAUGUGUAGGGUAUUCAGUCAUCUCAUUGAAUAAUCGCUGC